GUUCCACAAGGAGAGGGUUGAAAACCACUGGCCUAUGCAAAAACAGACUGAUAUGCUUUAUGGUUGGAAAAGUGGGCAUAAAAAUGGAGGACUCAAGUGUAAUUUAGUUCAUUUUGUACCUAUACCCCAGGCUGGGACCGUCCAAGCUAGUGUUGGAGAACAGGUGCUCCAGACAGACAACCAUGAUGGACCAAGGCUGCCAGCACUGGUGGACUGCACCAAGAAGAGCCCCCUAAAGGCCCCAGGCUGACCCAUCAGGCCAAGAUGGCCAAGGCCGAAAAGAACGCCAGAGAAGCCAUUGAGCUCAGAAAGGCUUGGGAGGCCAAUGCAGCGGCGAAAAAACCAAGCCGCCAAGUCGUUGGUGUGUUGGCGCUGCCGCCACCUCUUCUAUCUCCGAGGACCAGUUACACUAUCAAGAAGGGCACUAAAGUGACUAAGGUGGAGACAACAGAGCCACCAGACCCCUUGACACCUGAGGAUGGGAUGGGAAUGAACUCCUCUCCAUCUGUUGAUGACCCCCUGACCCCAGAGACCCCAGAGAGUGAUGUCACCUCCGAUGCCACUUUUCUGGCGGACCUACCCCGUGAGAUGACACCUGAGAAUGUAGAGGAGGCGUCCUCUCUAGAGGACUUCCUGAAGUCUCAKCCUCAGAGAAAGCUCCUCAGGAAGUUCCUCAAACAAAAGAAUGUGACCAUAGAGGACCUGGAAAACAUGUCCUAUGCGGUCCUCCUGCCAGCGAUAGCUCUGCUCAGGAUCUCCAGUCCAGAGUCACUCCACUCCUCCUGCCGGGGGUCAGGGGUGCUGAAGAUCGUCUCGGAGACGUUCCACCGGCGGGGCUCUGAGCCGAAGGGGAGGCUCCGGGGCGGGCAGCCCCCCACGCCCAAUUCUGAGACAGACAAGGAGAUUCAGGGUAUAGCAGACAUGGCUGUGAGUAACAUCAUGAGGAAUGCCCAGGAGGACCUCUUCUCUGGUAUGAAUGACCUGGAGACCACCAAUCCAUGCAUCACUCUGACCAAAGAAAAGCUCUCCAGCAUCUUCUCAGUGCUGUUCAGGGAUGCCUGUGGGAGUGCCCAGGAGGCCGCCAGACAGAUCCACCACAUGAGGUCCGGACGAGGCAACAACGGCCGGAAUGGGAGUGGCCCUGGGUCAUCACAGGUAUCGAGCAGGUCCAACAUACCAGAGUUGGCGUUAAAUCUCUGUCAGCUGGCAGAGUGUGUGGAUGCUCAGCCACUAUCUCUGGAACAUCCAAGUGUCCUGCUCCAACAGAAGUGGCCUGCACCCCCUUCCAGAGCAGGGCUGGAUGGAGGAGCAUAUUGGUUCAGUCCUAGGUCAGUUGUCCACCAUUGAGGCAGACAUGGGCGAGUUAGAGAAC